AAUGCGCGCAGUGAUGGAGCGCUGACCGGGGGCGCGGCGGCGGCGAGGGCUCGGCGGGCCAUUGGCUCGCAGCCGCGGCCCAGGCAGCAGCUUUGGGGACUGAGAGCGCGUGCGGGGCCCCGCGGACGCAGCCGGGGUGACCCGGGGUGCAGCCAUGGAGGACCAGCGGGAGGCCUUGCGCAAAAUCAUCACCACGCUGGCCGUGAAAAACGAGGAGAUCCAGAGUUUCAUCUACUCCCUCAAGCAGAUGCUGCUGAACGUGGAGGCCAACUCCACCAAGGUGCAGGAGGACCUGGAGGCCGAGUUCCAGUCCCUGUUCUCUGUGCUGGAGGAACUCAAGGAAGGAAUGUUGAUGAAGAUUAAACAGGACCGGGCCAGCCGCACCUACGAGCUGCAGAACCAGCUCGCAGCCUGCACACGGGCGCUGGAGAGCUCUGAGGAGCUGUUGGAAACGGCCAACCAGACGCUGCAGGCCACCGACAGCCAUGACUUCCCGCAGGCUGCCAAGCAGAUCAAAGAUGGGGUGACCAUGGCCCCUGCCUUCCGCCUGUCCUUAAAAGCCAAGGUCAGCGAUAACAUGAGCCACCUCAUGGUGGACUUUGCCCAGGAGCGGCAGCUGCUGCAGGCGCUCAAGUUCCUGCCUGUGCCCAGCGCCCCUGUGAUCGACCUGACUGAGUCCCUGGUGGCUGACAACUGCGUGACGCUGGUGUGGCGCAUGCCGGACGAGGACAGCAAGAUCGACCACUACGUGCUUGAGUACCGCCGCACCAACUUCGAGGGCCCGCCCCGCCUCAAGGAGGACCAGCCCUGGAUGGUGGUGGAAGGCAUCCGGCAGACGGAGUACACGCUGACAGGCCUCAAGUUUGACAUGAAGUUCAUGAACUUCCGAGUGAAGGCUUGCAACAAGGCCGUGGCUGGCGAGUUCUCGGAGCCCGUAACCCUGGAAACACCAGCGUUCAUGUUCCGCCUGGAUGCGUCCACAUCCCACCAGAACCUGCGAGUGGACGAGCUCGCCGUGGAGUGGGACGCCAUGGGCGGGAAGGUACAGGACAUGAAGGCACGAGAGAAGGACAGCAAAGGCCGGACGGCGUCGCCCGUCAAUUCCCCCGCCAGGGGUAACCCGUCCCCCAAGAGGAUGCCGUCUGGUCGUGGGGGACGGGACCGUUUUACGGCUGAGUCCUACACGGUGCUGGGGGACACGCUCAUCGACGGCGGGGAGCACUACUGGGAGGUGCGCUACGAGCCCGACAGCAAGGCCUUCGGUGUCGGUGUGGCCUACCGCAGCCUGGGCCGCUUCGAGCAGCUGGGCAAGACGGCGGCCUCCUGGUGCCUGCACGUCAACAACUGGCUGCAGGUCAGCUUCACGGCCAAACACGCCAACAAGGUCAAGGUGCUGGACGCCCCCGUGCCCGACUGCCUCGGUGUGCACUGCGACUUCCACCAAGGUCUCCUGUCUUUCUACAAUGCUCGCACCAAACAGCUGUUGCACACCUUCAAGGCCAAGUUCACGCAGCCACUGCUGCCUGCUUUCACUGUGUGGUGCGGCAGCUUCCAGGUGACCACGGGCCUGCAGGUGCCCAGCUGCGUGCGCUGCCUGCAGAAACGGGGCAGUGCCACGAGCAGCUCCAACACCAGCCUCACCUAG